CUUCGGACGGCAGGCCGGCGCGUCUGUCUUUCUGCCUGGCCCAGUCCCUCCCGGCCCUGCGCCCUCAGGUUCUUUUUAUAAUUUUGAGUAAACUUCCAGGAGGACUAUGAAAGAUUAUGAUGAACUUCUCAAAUACUAUGAAUUAUAUGAAACUGUUGGGACAGGUGGCUUUGCAAAGGUCAAACUUGCCUUCCAUAUCCUCACUGGAGAAAUGGUAGCUAUAAAAAUCAUGGAUAAAAAUGCACUAGGGAGUGAUUUGCCCCGGGUCAAAACAGAAAUUGAUGCCUUGAAGAACCUGAGACAUCAGCAUAUAUGUCAACUCUACCAUGUGAUAGAGACAGCCAACAAAAUAUUCAUGGUUCUCGAGUAUUGCCCUGGAGGAGAGCUGUUUGACUACAUAAUUUCCCAGGAUCGCCUGUCGGAGGAGGAGACCCGAGUUGUCUUCCGUCAGAUAGUGUCUGCAGUUGCUUACGUGCACAGCCAAGGCUUUGCUCACAGGGACCUCAAACCAGAAAAUUUGUUGUUUGAUGAAGAUCAUAAAUUAAAGCUGAUCGACUUUGGUCUCUGUGCAAAACCCAAGGGUAACAAGGAUUAUCACCUGCAGACAUGCUGUGGGAGUCUUGCUUAUGCAGCACCUGAGUUAAUACAAGGCAAAUCAUAUCUGGGAUCAGAGGCAGACGUUUGGAGCAUGGGCAUACUCUUAUAUGUACUUAUGUGUGGCUUUCUACCAUUUGAUGAUGAUAAUGUCAUGGCUUUGUACAAGAAGAUUAUGAGAGGGAAGUAUGAGGUUCCUAAGUGGCUCUCCCCCAGUAGUAUUCUGCUUCUUCAACAAAUGCUACAGGUGGACCCAAAGAAACGGAUUUCUGUGAAAAAUCUAUUGAACCAUCCCUGGAUCAUGCAAGAUUACAACUUUCCUGUUGAGUGGCAAAGCAAGACUCCUCUUAUUCACCUUGAUGAAGAUUGUGUAACGGAACUUUCUGUAUAUCACAGAAACAACAGGCAAACAAUGGAGGAUUUAAUUUCACUGUGGCAGUAUGAUCACCUCACAGCUACUUAUCUUCUACUCCUAGCCAAGAAGGCUCGGGGAAAACCAGUUCGUUUAAGGCUUCUUUCUUCCUGUGGACAAGCCAACUCUACUGCAGUCACAAACAUCAAGUCAAAGAAUCUGAGUCUAGAAGAUGUGAUCGCCAGUGAUGAAAAUUAUGUGGCUGGAUUAAUAGACUAUGAAUGGUGUGAAGAUAUUUCAUCAGCAGGUGUGGCUACUCCACAAACACCACAGUUUGCCAAGCAUUGGACAGAGUCAAAUGGUCUGGAAUCUAAAUCAUUAACUCCAGUAUUAUGCACAGCAUCUGCCAAUAAAUUAAAGAACAAAGAGAAUGUAUAUACUCCUAAGUCUGCUGUAAAGAAUGACGAGUGCUUUUCAUUUCCUGAGCCAAAGACUCCAGUUAAUAAGAACCAGCAUAAAAGAGAAAUACUCACUACACCAAAUCAUUGCAGUACACCCUCAAAAGCUAGAAACCAGUGCCUGAAAGAGACCCCAGUUAAAAUGCCGGUAAAUUCAGGAGGAACGGAGAAGUUAAUAACAGGUGUCAUUAGCCCUGAGAGGCGGUGUCGUUCAGUGGAACUCAACCUUAACCAAGUACAUGUAGAGAAUACUCCAAAAAGAAAAGGAACCAAAGUGUUUGGGAGCCUUGAGAAGGGGUUGGAUAAGGUUAUCACUGUGCUUACCAGGAGCAAAAGGAAGGGCUCGGCCAAAGAUGGGCCAAGAAGACUGAAGCCUCACUAUAACGUGACUACAACCAGAUUAGUGAAUCCAGAUCAACUCUUGAAUGAAAUAAUGUCUAUUCUUCCAAAGAAGCACGUUGACUUUGUACAAAAGGGCUAUACACUGAAGUGUCAAACACAGUCAGAUUUUGGCAAAGUGACAAUGCAGUUUGAGCUAGAAGUGUGCCAGCUUCAGAAACCCGACGUGGUGGGUAUCAGGAGGCAGCGGCUUAAGGGUGAUGCCUGGGUUUACAAGAGAUUAGUGGAAGACAUCCUGUCUAGCUGCAAGGUUUAAUUGAUGAAUG